AUGAUAUUUCUUGAAGUCCUUAUCUCUGACUCGCCACUGGACCGACUCACUGCAACGACAGUCUCUCUCUCUCUCUCAACGUCACUCUCGUUUAACGCCCAAGUCUCCCCAACUCAGCAAAACACGCGGUUAUAUGGCAAACUGAAGGUUAUAAACCAGAUUGUUCACGUGCUUAACACGAUGAAAAAUAAGGGGAUAAAGAAAACUAGAAAAUCUCUCUAUUUAUCUGGGUUUUAUCUAUCUAUCUAUCUAUCUAUCUAUCUAUAUCUAUCUAUCUAUCUAUCUCAGUCUGUUCAUUAUCUAUCCUAUCUAUCUAUAUCUAUCUAUCUAUCUAUCUAUCUAUCUCAGUUUGCUAAUAUCUAUCUAUACAGAUGCUCGCUAACCAGCGUCAUUGAAGCUCCCAUAUCGACAAGAGCCUUCACCUUCUUGUCUCCCAGCAACACAUUACAGGUGAAGUUUGACCCUUCCUUCAGCAAACGUUAUACCUGUGCCUUUCUCCUUCCCGUAUGUUCUCCACUUUUCCUUGUCUUCUCGUCAACCGAGACAUGGGAGUCGGGGCCCUCCUGGCGGGGGGGGGGUAGAGCUCGGAUGACUCUCUUUUCUCGGACUAGCAACCCAUUUCUCCCCUCUAUUCGAGUUAGGGUUGUUUCGUUCGGUGUGGUCCAUCUUUCUCCUGCGAGGACAGGUUCGUCUCAGCUGACCCGCUCCUCCACAGCGCCAACACCUUCGCUCAUUACAAUUUGCCGAAAAGUGUCCGACCAUGCCACACAUCCAGCAUCUCAGAGGCUUUAUUCGCACUGGGGCCAUCCUGCCUCUUACUUUUUACAGCGACUUUUCAAUGCGACUGCUACAACGACGAUGAUAUUUCUUGAAGUCCUUAUCUCUGACUCGCCACUGGACCGACUCACUGCAACGACAGUCUCUCUCUCUCUCUCAACGUCACUCUCGUUUAACGCCCAAGUCUCCCCAACUCAGCAAAACACGCGGUUAUAUGGCAAACUGAAGAGAAAUCUCUCUAUUUAUCUCAUUUAUCUAUCUAUCUAUCUAUCUAUCUAUCUAUCUAUCUAUCUAUCUAUCUAUCUAUCUAUCUCAGUCUGUUCAUUAUCUAUCUAUCUAUCUAUCUAUCUAUCUAUCUAUCUAUCUAUCUAUCUAUCUAUCUAUCUAUCUCUUAGUUUGCUAAUAUCUAUCUAUCUAUCUAUCUAUCUAUCUAUCUAUCUAUCUAUCUAUCUAUCUCAGUCUGUUCAUUAUCUAUCUAUCUAUCUAUCUAUCUAUUCUAUCUAUCUAUCUCAGUUUGCUAAUAUCUAUCUAUCUAUCUAUCUAUCUAUCUAUCUAUCUAUCUAUCUAUCUAUCUAUCUCAUCUAUGUCAUCUAUCUAUCUAUCUAUCUAUCUAUCUAUCUAUCUAUCUAUCUCAGUUUGCUAAUAUCUAUCUAUCUAUCUAUCUAUCUAUCUAUCUAUCUAUCUAUCUAUCUAUCUAUCUCAGUCUGUUCAUUAUCUAUCUAUCUAUCUAUCUAUCUCAGUUUGCUAAUAUAUCUAUCUAUCUAUCUAUCUAUCUAUCUAUCUAUCUAUCUAUCUAUCUAUCUCAGUCUGUUCAUUAUCUAUCUAUCUAUUUGCUAUCUAUCUAUCUAUCUAUCUAUCUAUCUAUAUCUCAGUCUGUUCAUUAUCUAUCUAUCUAUCUAUCUAUCUAUCUAUCUAUCUCAGUUUGCUAAUAUCAUCUAUCUAUCUAUCUAUCUAUCUAUCUAUCUAUCUAUCUCUAUCUAUCUCAUCUCAUUCAUUCAUCUAUCUAUCUAUCUAUCUAUCUAUCUAUCUAUCUAUCUCAGUUUGUAUCUAAUAUCCCUUUGUCUAUCUAUCUAUCUAUUUUGUAUCAUAUCUAUCUAUCUAUCUAUCUCAUCUAUCUAUCUCAGUCUUAGCAAAAUCUGUCCAAUUUUAUCUAUCUAUCUAUCUAAAUCUAUCUAUCUAUCUAUCUAUCUUUUGUUUAUCUAUCUCAGUUUUAUAGGGCUCUGUUUUGUGUAUAAAAAAUCUAUCUAUCUAUCUAAAUCUAUCUAUCUAUCUAGGUCUAGGAAUAUCUAUCUAUCUAUCUAUCUCUCAUCACCAGUUCAUUAUCUAUCUAUCUAUCUAUCUAUCUAUCUAUCUUAUGCAAGUAUGUUUUAUCUGUCCCAAUCCUUUUGUCAUCGUGUCUCCCAUUUUGUCCGUCAUCCAGUCUUUUAA